GAUCCUCUGCAAGAGCCAUCUCUCCAGCACCUUUUUCAAUUAAAAAUAUUUAUUUAUGUAUUUAUGAAUGUAUGUAUGUAUUUAUUCUUUUUGAGACAGAGUCUUGUAUAGUCCAGGAUGAUCUCAAAACUCACUACUUAGCAAGGAUGACCUUGAAUCCCUGAUCCUCUUUGCCACACCUCCCAAGUGUUAGGAUCACAGGCGUGUGCCACCAUACCUGGCCAUCCACUUUUUAAAAGAAUCUGUUCAAUCUAAAAUCGUCUUGUUUCAUAUCACGUAAAUAAGCUGAAAGGUCAGGGCACUGCAUUUUCACUGCUCAGCUAAAACUGAGAAUUAUCACACCAUUCCUAUUUCGCGCUGCCAUUAGGAAAUUAAGGCCCCUUUGAACCUCACACAGACUUUUUUCCGAACUGUCAAAUUCAAACGCAAGUGUGCCUUUGUCCAGAUACCUAAGCCGCGGCGGACUAGCCCACGGGGGCUGUGCACGCUGGGAGUUGUAGUUCGCCUCUCUCCCUGCGAGCAGGGUCUCAGUCACAGGAGCGCCUCCAGCGGCGAGCACAUUUGGUGGCGCCGGGUGCGCGCCGAAAGCAGGAGCGUCUCCUAGCAACGGGGGAGCGGAAACGUCACCGAGGCGUGUUCUCAACGCUGAGGCCAGGUGGAACCGCCAGUGCACCUUCCAGCCGCUGCGUCGGACCUCCUCCGCCGCCGUGCGCUGCAGUUCCUGCCCCGGCUGGUCCCGAGCUACCUCCCGCGAGUCUUCGCCACUGCGGCCCGCCGGCCUGGGCUUUGGCCACGGUGGGACGAUGCUGGAGUCUAUUCGCGUGACGGAAAAGCUUCACUGGCCUGAGCAUGAACUUGCUAAGAAGUCUGUUCUAAAUGCAGAGAAGGUGUUGAUCAUUGACAGCAAAAGAAGCUUUUCGAGUUUGUCCUCUGGAGUGCUCAAGGACACUUUCACAACUGGAACCAGUAGUUACAAUGUUCUACUACAGAGCAAAGAGGAGAGAAAGCACCAUUCACAAAAGCAAUUUCCCUCUGCCUUCUCCAAAAGACGUAGAAAGCCCAGCAAAUCUCCUAGUUCCUCUCAUAGCAAAGAUCCUCACAGGAUGACAGCCCUGGUGCCUGUGACGAGCAGUGGUACUUGGUUCUGCCUGGACAGGCAGUCUGCUGUUUUUGUCACUAGUUCAGUACCAAGUCCUGUCAAGUUUACCCGUGAUAUCUCUGUUACAGGGAACGGCCUAACACUGCCACCUAAACCGAAAAGCAAGGCCAACCGCCACAGCCUCACCUCUCUUCCAAAGUCAAAGCAGCAACCUCAGCUGUGCAGAAGCUUUGAGAAGGGAGACGACCUUUCUGGGAAGAAAUUCUGUAUACUGACCGCAAUAAAGCCGACCAACCUGGAGAAAGAAAAGCUGAGGUUCUUCAAGUCAGAUUAUACUUACAACCCUCAGUUUGAGUAUGCCAACCCCACUCUGCCAGGUGUGUUAGCCAAAUACAGCAACGCCUCUGACCGAUUUCUUAAGCAGUCCAUCAAUAUUAUGGCGCUGACUUUACAGAAAUACGGAAGUUAUGAGAAAUUUGAACAAGCUACUGGUGGUAGCUUGUUGUCUAAAACUCGAAUCUGGAGUCAUGUUAGGAAGUACAUGGUGAAGGAAGGCUGCCUCGGAGAGAUUGUAGUUCAUCUCACUGAAGACCUGCUUUCCAGGGCAUCCAUGACCGUAGUAAAUGGAUGCCCAACUCUAACCAUCAAUAUUUCUACUGCGAGAGAGCAUUGGCUGGAGGGAAUGCUGAGGCAUGAGAUAGGUACUCAUUACUUCCGGGGUAUUAACAACCUUCAGCAACCAUGGAACAAUUGGAUUGGCCGAAAAAAACAUGAGCUAAAGCCAAACAACCCUACAGAGGAAGGGCUGGCCAGCAUUCAUAGUGUCCUGUUCAGAAAAGACCCCUUCCUGUGGAGGGCUGCCCUCCUCUACUACACAGUCUAUCAAGCCAGCCGGAUGUCCUUUUGUGAACUCUUCAAAGACAUUGGCAAGUUCGUCAAGGACCCUAAUACAAGAUGGGAUUACUGUGUAAGAGCCAAGAGAGGGUGGACUGACACUUCCCAGCCAGGGUGUUUCAGUAAAGACCAGGUGUACUUGGAUGGAAUCCUUCAAAUCCUUCGAUUCAGAGAGUCCAUAGACUUUCAUCUGCUGACUGCCCUGGGCAAGGUAUCUUAUGAAGAUGUGGAUCGCUUGAAAGGAUUGGCAGUUACUGAAAACAUGAGAGUACCCCACUUCCUGCAUGAUCACAGCCGGUACAUGGAGCACUUAGAGAAGAUCAUGGAAGUGAACGAGCUGACCGAUGCAGAGCUGAAAGCCCUCAUCUAAGCAGUGUGCUCCUCCGUGGCUGUUAGCGGCUAGGGUACCUACCUAGCACCUGCAUUAGCCAAGAGUGGUGCUGAACGCAGUUUCUGAAGACCAGCCCUCAGUAUCCAGCUGAAAUUUUAGGUUAUAUGUAAACCAGAAACUAUUUUCCUAAAAUGUGUCUAUAGACUGCAGGUGGAAGUCGCUCCUCUUCCUCCAUAUCUCCAGAGACAAAUGAAGAUCCUGCUGAGGAGGAGGACUCCAGGAUGAGUGGUAAACGUGAGCACUGAGGCCCGCUCUGGGUUGGAGGUGGCCAAAUUCUAAGCUGUGCUGUAUAAACUCCAAGGUUCUAUUUCCUCUGCUAAACAGUGGCGAUUGUUCUUCUUUGAACAUUUUGUAACACGCCGAAAGGCUAGCGAUACCUCCGAGUUCUUAUUUUUCUUAUGUUUGGUAAUGUUAAAAGGAGAAUGAAAAGAAAUUUGAAAACUUUU